AUGAAGUGCUUCGCUCCUAUAUCCAUUUUCUCCCUGGCGCUGGCCGCCGUAGGCAAUGCCGCAAGCGCCUCUUCCUCCCAGGCCCUCACCAAGCGCGCCGACUUCUGUGACCAGUACGGUACUGUCGAGCAGGGCAGCUACAAAGUGUACAACAAUAUCUGGGGCCAGCAGUACGACCAAGGAGGCAAACAGUGCACCGGCAUCGACUCCCUAGCCGGCAACACAAUCGCCUGGCACACCUCAUGGUCGUGGGGCGGCGCCUCGACCCAGGUCAAGAGCUACCCUAGUGUCGGUCUCAAUUUCACUGCCAAGCAGCUGAGCACCGUCAGCAGCAUCAAGUCCAGCUGGAAGUGGAGCUACUCUAAUACCGACGUGGUUGCUGACGUCGCCUAUGACAUGUUCCUCAGCUCCACUGCCGACGGAAGCGAGGAGUAUGAGAUCAUGGUCUGGCUCGCUGCUCUAGGUAAUGCCGGCCCGAUCUCCUCCACCGGCUCUUCCAUUGGCUCUGUCACCAUCAACGGAAUCCCAUUCAAGGUUUGGUCUGGGCCCAACGGCAAGAUGACCGUUUACAACUUCGUUGCCGAGUCUACCGUGAAUAACUUCUCUGGUGAUAUGCUCGAGUACUUCACCUACCUUAUCAAGAACCAGGGCCCCAGCUCCAGCUUGUACCUGAUAGAUGUUCAGGCUGGUACUGAGCCCUUCACUGGCAAGGCUGACAUGAAGACCUCUGCAUUCUCCGUUGAGGUUGUUUAA